AUGGGGAAGAAGUCUAGGCGAAAGCGGACGGACAAGUGGGCGCAUAUAGACACCAGAGAGGCCGACGCCGCCAAGCGCGACGCGCUUGAUUUUCUCAAGGGCUACGCCUUUAAGGAAGAAGAGGGCGAGGCGAGGCCCUGGAUUUGUGCGGCGACGCACGAGCGACGACGCCGACGAGCCGUCAUCGCGGCCGCCGAGGCGGAGUUCCGGGCCGCCAUCGCGGCCGUACCGCCAAGGGACGACAAUGAAGAAGUGAAAAUCUACGAAGACGCGCGAUGCAUCCAGGCACUCGCGGCUUUAACGAGACAAGUUACAAUAGACGAAGACGACAAGAAAACCAUGGGCGAGUAUUUGACGAAAAGCGCUGCCGGAGACGGCAUUGGGAAUGAAGAGCUCAUUAAGCUCGUCAAGCGAUGGCCCCGCGUCCGAAAGUACUGGCCGCGCCUCCGGCGGCGCCUUUGUUGGGGCUGCGGAAAGCAAUAUGAUCUUUCGGAACCGCGGCUUUGGGUUUGCUCUGGGUGCGAAGAUGCGCGGUACUGCGAUGAGACGUGCCAGCGCGAGCACUGGCGCGCGCACAAGGGCGAGUGCCUGCAAACAUGGCACGGAAAAGCCCAGGAGCGCCAGUCGCGAGGCGAAUCCGACUGGGCAGAACUGCAACAGGAGUUCUACGAGUUGUAUCCGAGUCGCGAUGGAUAG